AGGGACUCGUAGAUUAAUAAUUCAUCGUCUUUAAUAACAAAAUACCAACAGACUGGAAUGUAAAAUGUAAGCAUGCAGUCUUGGAUGGUAUUAGCGGAUCAUCAGAUAGGAUGGUAUUUACUCUGAACGUCCGCUAUGGAGCUACUGCUUAGGAACACAGACCGUGCCGGCCUCAGGAAAGUUCAGGAGAAUGGGAGAAGUGAAAGAUAAUAAGGAUAGUAGCGAGUAGCUACCGUAGCGACUGACGAUGGCAGACCAAAGUGGUCCACGGCGUACUGAAACAGCCGCUCCCAGGGGGAAAAACAAAAGUUUAGCAGAGAAGGCCACCAGAAAAAAAGAAUUCGAUACUGCAAGAGGAAAACGUUGAGUAAACAUCGGCUCUGCUUUUGAGCAAUGGAGGCAACUGAUGAAGCUGCAGCCAGAGCUAAAAUCUAAUGAAAUGGUCGCGGAGUUUCUGCUGGAAAGUUACGGAAAAACAACGUCGACGCCAGUAAAACGUGGUUUCAAGAGGCCUCCUCCGCCACCAUUGCCGAAUCCUUUUCAGAACGGAUUUCUCUGUUCAUGGAGUGGAGGGUUUGGACAGCUGCUCUGCUGAGACCUCACUUCUCACAAUACAAGCAAGUGUUUCAUCAGCAGAUGAAAGAUUGGGUGACGCAUGAGGACGCAUUUAAUGAUAUAAAAAACUCUAUCAUUGACUACGAUGAGGAUGAAUACGAUCCUUCUUGGCAUCCAGACAUGGAGGCGCAAUCAGAGUUGCUGUUGGAAGAGGAGGACACCGUAGAGGAAGACUCUGACUGCAAUGACAGCGACGACCCAGAUUACGUGCCACUUUUUCGUGUGUGCAAAGGCAGAUCUCUGAAUACUGGGUUCAUCCUUGAAGAAUGUCCAUCAGUCACCAUGGAAGACACUGUGCAUGACGCGGGAGACGACACAGAUCAAGAUGAUCAUGAAGAAGAUCUCUCUGUGCUGGAGCAAGAGCAAGUGACACAACAUCUUCCCCAAAAAAAUCAAAGAAGGCAACCAUAUAGAUCAGAGAUUACUGUUAAGGUGGAAGAUGAUAUAAUUGGCAAACCGGCUUCUAUUGCUUACCAUGACUGUCUGAGGCAGCUUUGUGAGUUUGUUGCUUUGCCAAUAGAUUCUUGUAAAGGGAAGGACCCCAUCACCCAAAAACAAUGUCAGGCAAAAGGACCUUUUGAGAUUAACAUCAAGUCAAGGGUCACAGCUGCCGUCAUUAAAUGGCUGUGUCCUCAAGGUCAUAUCGUGUGGCGGUGGUCUUCCCAACCAACUUUAAAAUUUGGCAGUCAGUUAGGAGACUUUCUAAUGGCCACCAACAUUUUGCUCACAGGCAACAACUACACAAUGGAGAUGGAAGGAUGGACAGUACAGGAUUCUGCGCGCAGUACUGUACGUACACUGCCAUGGACAAUGCCACAAGCCAAAUAAUCAACGUGGUGAAUGUGGACAAGCGUGAGACUUCGCGGAAAUCGACCAACAUGGAGAAGGUGGCCUUUAUAGAGACAUUAGACACGCUGAAGCAAGAUCUUGAUGUCAUUGAGUUCUGCACUGAUGCACACAGCCAAAUAUCAGCCCUAUUCAACAAAAACAAAGGGCUGUACAAGGACAGUGGCGUCAAGCACACGCUGGACAUGUGGCACGGAGCCAAGAAUCUUGGCAAAAAAAUCCAUGCUGCCAGCCUCCAAAAAGGCUGUUCACUGUUACUUGUCUGGAAGAAGGAUAUCUGCAACCACUUUUGGUACUGCUGCAAGGCAGCAAAUACAGUGGAGGAUUUCUGGGACAUGUGGACAGGAUUGCUACACCAUCUCACCGGAGAACACCAGUGGGGACUUGGCGGCUGUUACUGUGAUGUUGACAGACGCCUCACAGCAGGAGACCGUGGCCAGUGUAGACACUGUGGAGAGUGUCGAUACUGGGGAUCAGCCCUUGCCCUCCUCCACUUCUGACGCUGGGACACAAUGUUAUUUGAAGCCCCCCCGAUGGUCUCACGCUGUGCAGGUUAACCUGAAGCCCAAGAUGGUUAGCGUGGGCACACAGACUUCAAUCAGCCCACAAACCUCCACUCCCCUCGCUAGUCCUGAACAGACAGUUGACGACGAUGAUGAUGAUAAUGCCACUGUCAUCAGUGACUUGUCGUGGGUGCCCGAAGAGCCGAUGGAUGAGGAGGAAUUGUUUGAUGAGGAGCCACCUUACACGUGUGACCCCCACCACAAUUGCAUUGACAAAUUCAUUGUUUGCCAAGAGGAGCUGAUGGGCCUUUUUGCCAUCUGUCCGGCCUGUUGUGAGAGGUCGGAUAGUAGCAUCGUGCAGCAGGAAGGAACUUUUGUUAAGAUCAAGCAGGUCUGGGCAUCAUGUGGCUACCACCGUUUCUGGCAAAACCAGCCAAUGCUUCACAGGAACAUGCCAACCUGCAACCUCCUGUUAAGUGGGGCCAUUCAUUUUACUGGAUGUUUGGCCACACAGACACUAAGAAUGUUGACCCUGUUUGGCCUGCAGUGCAUCAGUGCCAGCAGUUUCUUUCGCCAUCAGCGCCGCUACACCAUCCCUGUAAUCGUUCAGGCCUGGCAGAAUGAUCAAGCCAAGAAUUUUAGUGACCUACGGGCAAUGGAUGGCGGGCUAGUUCUUGCUGGUGACUGCAGGUCAGAUUCUCCUGGGCACUGCGCAAAGUAUGGGUCAUACUCUCUGAUGGAGGACAGAGUGAACAAGGUGGUGGAUGUUCAGCUUGUUCAGAGCUCAGAGGUCCCCAACAGCUCAUGGUGUGAGCUUGAAGGGCUCAAGCGCAGUGUUGGCCUGCUGAGGGGAAACGACCUGCUUUUGGCAACGCUGAUCACGGACCGACAUCGCCAGGUUGCCAAAUGGGUGAGAGAGGAGCUGAUCCCUGAAGGGACACAGCAUUAUUUUGACGUGUGGCACAUUGCCAAAAGUCUGGGGAAGGCAUUGGAUGCAGCAUCCAAAGAGUGUGACCAACUACAGUUGUGGAGGCCAGCUAUAGUGAAUCACCUCUAUUGGACUGCAGCCUCAACCCCAGAUGGCAACCCAGCGGUCAUGGAGGCCAAAUGGAGAAGUUUAGUGAACCACAUCCAGGACAUCCAUGACCAUGACACCCCUGCCUUCUCCAGUUGUGCCCAUGGCCCUCUAGACGAAGAUCAGCGCAACAAAGAGUGGCUGGACCCAGGCUCAUUGGCAGCAGUCAAGUUGGAGAACAUAAUGAUGAGGGCUGCCUUGCUGAAAGAUGUUCGUCAGCUGUCUCCACAGCACCAGACCUUCUCCCUUGAGGCUUACCACUCCCUCAUCUUGCACUUCGCGCCCAAGCACACAGGGUUUUCAUACCUUGGGAUGUAUAGCAGGCUUCUCUUAUAAUCACAAUGCCAAUCGCGAGACAGCACGGAGAAGUGACGGGACGGAGAAGUACUGCGUGCGGUAUCCGCGCUUCAGAAAAGGUGCCUAUGUGGUGCGUCCCAUCAAAGAGGCAGCCUCAUACGGUUAUGCAACAUCAUUAAUGAAGGCCCUUCGGGAGAGCUACGCUAAUUCACCCGCGGUUCUUCGAGAGGUUGGCGCCAAUUUGUCCUCCGAUGCACCCGCCCCCAUCGCCAAAUCCUUCGAACAGAUUCCUAAGGAGGAGGCCAUCAGCCUCUACCUAGCCCGGCAGUCACGCUUCAAGAAAACCUAAUUUCACAUUAUUAUUUUUUUCCACGGACAAGUCCAAUGAUUCAGUUGUUAUUAUUUGCAUGAAAUUUCUUUGUAUAUAAUUCAAAAUAAUUUGGUAAUCAUUUUACCUGUGCCUUGUCAACCUCUGUGUGCGGUGUUGUCUGGGCUCACUGUGUGUCUGCUUGAUGUGCUUUUGCAUGUAUCACUGCAUGUAUGCAUGCAUGAAAUAGUGUGUGUGUG